UUAUGUUACGGAUUAAUUAAAGAGGUGACACAACAAUAUCUAACAUUUGUUACAUUUCACAUUUGACAAAUUAUUAAAAUUAAAAAAACGUGGUACAAGCUCAUCGUCCUCAUCUCAUUUCUGCACUUUUCUCUAUCUUCCUUCUUUGACACCUCCUUUCUUUCUCUCACUUCUUUCUCUCUCUUCAAUCUUCUUCCGAAUCUUUUCUCUCUCUAUUUCUUCGAUCACCGUUUAAAUAAUCGAUUAAUCAAAAAUUCCAUCAAAUUUUGUAGCAGAUUAGGGUUUUGCGAUUUCGAUUCAAUCUCAAUCACCGCCAUUUUUCCCCAACUUUUGAGCUUUUUAGGGUUUGAAGUUUAGGGUUAGAGUUACAGAAAAAUGGGAGGCGAUUGGCAGCAGCUCUUACAAUCGGUAAUCAUUGGAUUAAUCUUCUCUUUCUUGCUUGCGAAGUUGAUCUCGUUUGUUACUGCAUUUCGUGAUGAAAAUCUCUCGAUUUCUCGCGCACCUGACGCCGACGUUGAUGCUGAUGCUGACUCUGUAGCUGCGGCUGCACCUGCGCCGUCGAAUGCGCGCCAUGUUCGGAAAGCGUCGGUUCAAUCGGAGCCUGAUUCGACGGUAUCUGAGGGAGAAUUGAGUGAGAUUGCGUCGAGAAUUAGUGAUGAUAAUGCGUCGGUUUUGGCGGAGAAAGGGAGUGUGACUGCUGGUGAUGUGUUUUUGGAAGAUGUUGAUUCUGAUGAUGAUGAUUGGGAAGGUGUGGAGAGUACUGAGCUUGAUGAGGCCUUUAGUGCUGCUACCGCCUUCGUAGCGGCGUCUGCUGCUGAUAAAAUUAUGGCUCAGAAAGUGGGGAAUGAUGCUCAACUUCAGCUUUAUGGUUUGUAUAAGAUUGCCACUGAAGGUCCCUGCAGCGCCCCGCUGCCACCGGCUUUUAAGUUGACGGCUCGAGCCAAGUGGAAUGCGUGGCAGAAAAUGGGUGCUAUGCCUCCUGAGGAUGCAAUGCAGAAGUAUGUUGAUAUUGUGACAGAGUUAUUUCCUUCUUGGGCAAGUGGUGGAGCAGAGAAAACCAAAAAUGGAGAUGCCGAGGAGCAUAGUUCAGAUCCAAAAGGACCUAUGGGACCAGUUUUCAGCAGCUUCAUUCAUGAGGAGGAUUCUGGAGUUGAAAUGAAAAUGGAUGCUAUACAUGCCUUUGCUAGAGAAGGUGAUGUAGAGAAUUUGCUUAAAUGCAUCGAGAAUGGCAUUUCACCAAAUUCAAAAGAUAGUGAAGGCCGGACUCCAUUGCAUUGGGCAGUUGAUCGUGGUCAUCUUCCUGUCAUAGACUUGCUCUAUAGCAAGGAUGCAGAUAUAAAUGCUAAGGACAAUGAAGGACAAACCGCAUUACAUUAUGCUGUUGUUUGUGAUAGAGAAGCUAUUGCUGAAUACCUUGUGAAGCAUAAUGCUGAUGUUGACAUAAAAGAUAAUGACGGUGCAUCCCCAAGUGAGCUCUGCGAGAAGAAUUGGCCUUGGAUGCGAGCAACUGAUAAAGUGGUUGAGUAAUGGGUUUUUUUUGGUUGUCCUACACUCCCACUACUGCUAAUUAAUUCGGUUAGGAACUUUCAUGUGGAUUUGUACAUGCUUCGUAUUAUCAAUCAUGUUCCUGUUUUGUCCUGAAGAUGUGUUGAUAUAGGUUAAAUAUUAUAUGCCGUUUCAAGUGGUAAAAUUAUUCUUCGUCUGCAAUAUCUGAAGAACAUUAAACUUUGUAUUUGCAAAUUUAAAUGUCUAUAAUCUGUUGUAAGUAAUUUGGCAUUCCUUGUGCUGCUAGGAGAUGUUUGCAUUCUGAUUAGUGAACUUGAAUCCAUCUAAACCAAGUACACAGUUACAUCCACCAACGCUGCCAUCAUGGACACAAGUUCUUGUCUAUAUUGGUUAAACUCAAGUCCUCUGUUUCUGGCAUUCCAACUUAACUGGAGUCCAUUAUUUUAAUUGAUUCGAUGAAUAUGAAUUAUGUAGUCCCUAUGUUCUAGUUGUAAUUCAAUAUGUUUUUUUUUUUUUUUUUUUUUUGAGGAAAGUUGUAAUUCAAUACUUGAAUUCCAAAAGGGUAUCUCAAUUACUCAACUUAUUAAAUUAGUACUUUUAGCUUC